UAGAGUUAUUAGUGGUAUAUUUUUAUGAUGUAGAAAAGCGACCAUAAAGAGAAGAAAAAACGGAAGCGGAGGAAAUUAACGGCGGGUGACGGAACCCAACCUGACCCCGCGAGCGUCACUGUUACAAUUGAGUUAUUUAUCUAAGCAAUCCUUCCUCUCCCAGCAACAGUUAAACCUUUUAGACGGUUUAUCACCUCUCACUAUUUUCUCUCGCUUUCGCGGCCAAACACAUGGUCGCGUAACCGUUCUCACAGGCCAUUGAAGCAUUGCUUUCAUAACAUGGCCUCCAUCACUUCCGUCGAACUCAAUUUCCUAAUAUUUCGUUACCUCAACGAAUCAGGUUUCACACAUUCUGCUUAUACUUUUGGUAAUGAAGCUGCCAUUAACAAAUGUCCCAUUGAUGGAAAUUUGGUACCACCGGGUGCUCUUGUUACAUUUGUUCAAAAGGGACUGCAGUACUUUGAGAUGGAAGCCAACUUGAGUAAUUGUGAUGCAGACCUGGACGAAGAUUUUUCAUUCUUACAACCUUUGGAUCUUAUCACAAAAAAUGUGAACGAACUUGGGCAAAUGAUUACUGAAAGAAGGAAAAAACUACUGAAGGAGAGAAAUAAAGAAUUAGAAAAGGAGCACGAGGCUGAACGUGGACGGGCAAGAGAAAAAGAAAGACAUCAAAGGGAGAAAGAAGUUGAAAAGGAUAGGGAGAGGGUAAAAGUUGCUAAAGAGAGAGAACAGCAUGUUAAUAAGACUGACAGAGAAGUGGUCAGAGAUCAAGAAAAGGUUACUACAAAGCAUGAAGUGAAUGGAGCAGUCGGAGGAUCAGAAUCAACGGACAUCUGUACGACAUCAACAUCUCAGCCACGUCAAAUUCCCAGUUCAGAUGUGACGAUCUUGGAAGGGCAUACUUCAGAGGUGUGUGCUUGUGCAUGGUGUCCUUCCGGAUCUCUUCUUGCAUCAGGGUCUGGGGAUUCGACAGCUCGUAUAUGGGCAAUACCAGAAGGAAGAUGUAAGCCUGUUUCACAGAGUGUCCCUUUGGACGUGUUGGUAUUAAAGCAUGUUAGGGGUAAAACAAAUGAAAAGCAUAACGACGUCACUACAAUUGAUUGGAAUGGGGAGGGGACACUUCUUGCGACUGGUUCAUACGACGGGCAAGCAAGAAUUUGGACCACUAAUGGUGAACUGAAGAGUACAUUAAGCAAACACUCGGGACCAAUAUUCUCUCUGAAGUGGAAUAAGCGAGGUGAUUAUAUCGUGACUGGAAGUUGUGAUAAAACUACGAUUGUUUGGGACGUGAAGGCAGAAGAAUGGAAACAACAAUUUGAAUUUCAUACAGGUCCAGCACUUGAUGUUGACUGGCGCAGCAAUAUGUCUUUUGCCUCAAGUUCCACAGACAAUAUGAUAUACGUCUGCAAGAUUGGUGAAACCCGCCCUGUACACACUUUUGCUGGACACCAGGGGGAAGUUAACUGUGUCAAAUGGGAUCCCACAGGCUCAUUGCUGGCAUCCUGUUCUGAUGAUGUCACAGCAAAGAUAUGGAGUUUAAAGCAGGAAAAUUAUCUUCAUGAUUUAAGGGAGCAUUCCAAGGAGAUAUAUACCAUCAGAUGGAGCCCUACUGGUCCUGGCACAAAUAAUCCUAACAAAAAAUUGGUGCUAGCUAGUGCCUCAUUUGACUCAACUGUAAAACUAUGGGAUGUUGAACUUGGGAAUCUCAUCUACAGCUUGAACGGACACAGGCAACCUGUAUACUCUGUUGCAUUCAGUCCCAAUGGUGAGUAUAUAGCCAGUGGUUCUCUUGACAAAUGCUUACACAUAUGGUCGUUGAAGGAAGGCAAGAUAGUUAGAACAUAUGCAGGCAGUGGAGGCAUUUUUGAGGUCUGCUGGAAUAAGGAGGGUGACAAGAUUGCCGCAUGUUUUGCCAAUAAUAUAGUGUCCGUUUUGGAUUUUAGAAUGUGAUUGCGAGAAACACCAUGUUCUCCUGGCUGGUUUUUGAUUUUAGAAUGUGAUUGUGAGAAAUACCAUGUUCUUCUGGCUGGUUACUACAUUGGAUUCUUUAUUUUCCUUUCUAUACUAAAGGUUAGAUUGGUUGAAGUGUAUCCCGGUGUAUAGGUUUUCCAUUUUAACUCUAAGGCAUAACUCAUUUUUCUUGGAUCCUGUUGUAAUUUGUUACUAUUAGCGAAAAGUAAUUUGUAGAUGAGCAUUCUUAAAAUGCUAAAAUGUAUAGAUUUAGUUGGACAAUAUCAUGUUUAAUUAUUACUCA